UUGCUUAAUUACAUACAUCAUACUCACAGAAUUUUAAACAAUCAUCUGAUCAUAGAUAUCCGUGAAAAUAUAUAUGGGAAACUGCUGUAAGCCGGCAUCAUCAACGGAGUGGGACGGUGAAGACUGGAGUGAUUUGACGUCCAAAAAGACCAGAUCAAGCAAGGUAUUUGACGAAGCUCAUGGCCAUGGUCAUGGGUUGAGUUUAGGGAAAGUGCAGAAGGAGAAGCUUAUGGAAGCACUAAGAGUUGUUUCUCCUGAUGCCAACGGGAAGGUGAGGAUAAAGAUUUCAAGGAAAGAGUUUGCAGAAUUGUUGGAGAAGCAACAACAGGUUAAUAAAAAGCAAGUAGGGAGAGCUUCUGCAGAGCAAGUUCUGCUUCGCUUAAUAAACGCCAGAGAUGAUGAUGCUCGUCACAGAUUCUGGAGGCCCGAGCUAGAGAGUAUUCCUGAGCUAGGUUAGUUGAUUGAUGAGAUCGACUAGUUGUGCUCAAGGGUCUUGCAUAUAAGUAUAAUAAGAGAUUGACGUCAGUAUUUGUAUGUCAGCUACCUAAGAAAUAUCCAGCAUUUCUCUUCCAACCUUCUCAUGUAAAAUAAUAAGAUUGAGGUUGGAGGAUUUUGUAAUUCAGUUCAUUAUUUCUGCCAGUGAAUAACUGCUCUUGUC